AUGCUUCAUGAAGAUAUGGUCAUCUGUGAGCUCCAGUUCAAAAUGCAAGGCUUUAAGAAAAGCACUUUCAGAGGGUACAGGCAUGUGUUGACCCGUUGAAGGUUUUAGCAUGCACUUCAACAGCAGGAUCAUAUCUGAGGAGCCACACUGCUCGCAAAGCUAUUGCGGCGCCGACGCGGCGCUAAAGGGAACCCGUCAGCUGCGGAGGGGCGGCCACGGCCAGGGAGGAGCCGGCAGUUGCGCGCGGCGGCGACUGCCCGGCGCAAGCCCAUUUCCGGCGGGUGGAGGCGGUGCCGCGGCGGCUGGUGCUGCUGGGGCUGUGGAGCACAAUGGGCGGCAUCGGCGAGCUGGCGGUGGGCUGCUGAAGGAGGUGCUCUGCCGCCCUCCCUGCGGCCAUGGCUACCACGGCCGAGCUCUUCGAGGAGCCUUUUGUGGCAGAUGAAUACAUUGAACGCCUGGCAUGGAGAACACCGGGAGGAGGUUCCAGAGGUGGAGAAGCCUUUGAUCCAAAAAGAUUACUGGAAGAAUUUGUAAAUCAUAUCCAAGAAUUACAGGUAAUGGAUGAAAGGAUUCAGAGAAAGGUGGAGAAACUAGAACAGCAGUGCCAGAAGGAAGCAAAGGAAUUUGCCAAGAAAGUACAAGAGCUGCAGAAAAGCAACCAGGUUGCCUUCCAGCAUUUCCAAGAACUAGAUGAGCACAUCAGCUAUGUAGCAACUAAGGUCUGUCACCUUGGUGACCAACUGGAGGGGGUAAACACGCCACGGCAACGGGCUGUGGAGGCUCAGAAGCUGAUGAAAUACUUUAAUGAGUUUCUGGAUGGAGAGCUGAAGUCUGAUGUUUUUACAAACUCUGAAAAGAUUAAAGAGGCAGCUGAUAUUAUUCAAAAACUACACUUGAUUGCACAGGAACUGCCUUUUGACAGGUUUUCUGACGUAAAAUCAAAGAUAGCAAGUAAGUACCAUGACUUAGAGUGCCAGCUAAUUCAGGAGUUUACCAGUGCACAGCGGAGAGGCGAAAUCUCCAGAAUGAGAGAAGUGGCAGCAGUUUUGCUUCAUUUCAAGGGCUAUUCCCAUUGUGUUGAUGUCUACAUAAAACAGUGUCAAGAGGGUGCAUUCCUGAGGAAUGAUGUCUUUGAAGAUGCAGCCAUUCUCUGCCAACGAGUGAAUAAGCAAGUUGGAGAAGUCUUUAGCAAUCCAGAGACUGUACUAGCCAAACUCAUUCAAAAUAUCUUUGAAGUUAAACUUCAGUGUUAUGUAAAGGACCAGCUGGAAGAACACAGGAAAUCAGAUGCAGAGCAGUAUCUUAAGAAUCUCCAUGAUCUAUAUACAAGAACUACUAAUCUGUCAAGCAAAUUGAUGGAAUUUAACUUGGGUACUGAUAAGCAGACUUUCUUGUCUAAGCUUAUCAAAUCCGUUUUCAUUUCCUACUUGGAGAAUUACAUUGAGGUGGAAAUUGGUUAUUUGAAAAGUAGGAGUGCUAUGAUUCUGCAACGCUAUUAUGAUUCCAAAAACCACCAGAAAAGGUCCAUUGGCACUGGAGGGAUCCAGAUCCACAAAAGGACUGAAGCAAAACUAAGUAUUCAAGACCUCAAAGAGAGAAUAAGGCAACGUACAAACUUACCACUGGGGCCAAGUAUUGACACGCACGGAGAAACUUUUCUGUCACAAGAAGUGGUGGUUAACCUUUUGCAAGAAACUAAACAAGCUUUUGAAAGAUGUCACAGGCUCUCUGAUCCAUCUGACUUACCGAAGAAUGCUUUCAGAAUUUUUUCUAUGCUUGUAGAUUUUUUAUGUACUGAACACAUUGAUUAUGCUUUAGAAACAGGCCUCGCUGGCAUUCCCUCUUCUGAUUCAAAGAACGCAAAUCUUUAUUUCUUGGAUGUUGUCCACCAGGCCAAUACUAUUUUCCAUUUAUUUGACAAGCAAUUCAAUGAUCAUCUGAUGCCAUUGAUCAGUUCUUCUCCUAAAUUAUCUGAAUGUCUUCAGAAGAAAAAGGAUAUCAUUGAACAAAUGGAAGUGAAGCUGGAUAUGGGCAUUGAUAGGACACUGAAUUGUAUGAUUGGACAGAUGAAACACAUCUUGGCUGCAGAGCAAAAGAAGACAGAUUUUAAACCAGAAGAUGAAAACAAUGUUUUGAUUCAAUAUACUAAUGCUUGUGUUAAAGUCUGUGGCUAUGUUAGAAAGCAGGUGGAAAAAAUUAGAAAUUCUAUGGAUGGCAAGAAUGUGGACACAGUUUUAAUGGAGCUUGGAGUUCGUUUUCAUCGACUUAUUUAUGAACACCUACAGCAAUAUUCGUACAGUUGCAUGGGAGGCAUGUUAGCUAUAUGCGAUGUGGCUGAAUAUAGGAAGUGUGCCAAAGACUUCAAGAUUGCGCUGGUGUUACAACUCUUUGAUACCUUGCAUGCACUUUGCAAUCUUCUGGUUGUAGCCCCAGAUAAUUUAAAGCAAGUUUGCUCAGGAGAACAACUUGCUAAUUUGGACAAGAACAUCCUUCACUCCUUUGUUCAGCUGCGUCUUGAUUAUAGGUCUGCUCGUCUUGCUCGUCACUUCAGCUGAGAGUGUGGAAAGAAGUGCUGUACCUUUGGGCAGGCCUCAGUUGUUAGAAAGUGCAGGGAAUUGUUUCUUAUCAAACCAUGAUUGUAAAUUCUGUUGGGAUGAUGACUGUUCAGAAUAAAGCAGCAGCCAUAUUUAAACAUGACUAUGUAGAAGGUGAGCAGAUAAAAAUCUGAAUAUUUCAUGUACGCUAAAGUUCUCCCAGUGAAGAAUUUUGCAAAUCCACUUGCUACUGAUUCUUUUUAUUUUUUUUGUUUAUUAGAAACAUGUCAGUGUAGGAAAGCAAGUCGUGCAUUGAAAGAAUGUUAUUCUUCAGUAUUGAAUUAUCAGAUGUUUGUUAGACUUGAACUACAGAGAUAGUGUAGGUAAUGGACUACAUAGAAUAGACCAGUGUAAAAACAUUCUUCAUCAAUUUCAAUGACUUGGAACUCAGCACAGCUAAUCAUAAUCAAAUUAUUUUUGAUUGAUGUUUCUAAGUCAUUUCUUUCGUUUAAAACGUUAUCCUGCUCAAUGUAAUUUCUUGCUCUAAUUAAUUAGCUUGGAAUUUCCUUGAGAUGUAGGAGUAAAAGCACCACUAACCCAGAAAGAUGUAAUUUAUUCAUUGUGUAGCAUUCUAAACAAAACUGAAGUGGUGGAAAGUUUUGGGAGGGAGGGGAAUUGAUUCUUUGACUUUUUUUGUACCUUAUAGUUAAGGGCCCACCUGAAUGUAUUGGCAUUGUAUAAUCUGACAUUACUGUUUGUUUGAUACUGGUACACUGAAUUUUAUAUAUGCUCUUGAAGUAAAUGCAGCUGCCUUGCCUAAAGCAUUCUUAUUACAAGGUGAAGGUGCCCAUUGCUGGAUUAAUGUCAGAACUUUCUCCUGUCUCUCAUUUUGUGUGUAAAUAAAUUCAAAUUAUAAAGAA